AUGCCACCUCAAUCUCAUCGCGCAGGUGCUUCAGCUCCGUCACAAAAUGUUUCCCCCAACAAGAAGGCGGGGACACAACGACCGGAAGCUAAUCCAAAAUCUCACCAAUUUAAACUACCGACUUUGAGACUCGAGGUUCGUGAUAUCAAUCAUGAAGGAGCUGAUGUAUUCUUCGCUUCAGUGACUGCGAAUAAAGCCCUUCAAAAAGCCGUGCAGGAUGUUCUCUUGUGGCUUUACGACUCCCCGAAUUCGUCAACGACAACCCUGCCCUCGACGAGAUCUGUAACGCUAAUUUUACGCUCCAUGCCUGGCGUUGCGUAUACCACUGGCAGCGAGCUUGACUCGGAUCACAAAGAGAUACAUUUUUCACUUGAUUAUAUACACUCCAUCGCUAAAACACGCAAGACAGAGGAGAUCCUGGGAGUCCUGACUCACGAGAUGGUUCAUUGCUAUCAGUACAACGCGUUUGGCACAUGCCCGGGUGGUCUGAUAGAGGGGAUUGCAGACUGGGUCCGAUUGAACGCCAACCUCUCCCCUCCGCAUUGGAAACAAGAAGGCUCAGGUAAGUGGGACGCUGGCUAUCAGCACACAGGCUAUUUCCUCCAAUAUCUCGAGGAUCGUUUUGGCGUUGGUCUAGUGCGAAGAAUGAAUGAAAAGCUAAGAAUUGAGCGGUAUGAAGAGAAGAGGUUCUGGACCGAAUUAUGCGGGCGUCCUGUCGAGCAGCUAUGGGGUGAUUAUGGAAAACUCUUUCCUGGCGACAGCAAGAAGGCAGAAGACGAUGAAUGUGUGAUCGUAGAGAAAGAGGAUGUUGGUACGACUACGCCAAAGCAACAACCAUAA